AUGAGCCGACUCGAAAAUUACAAGCAAAAAUACGGAACCGGAACGUAUUUAAACAACACGGAACAAUUUGUCCUUAUCGAGGAACAAAAUAUACUUGAACAGAAUAUAACCGCUAGCUGGAUACAGAGGGCGAAUGCAUCAGAAAAACAACGCAAUUGGAAUAGGCCGACUGUGACUGACGUACAAGGAGAAGGUGCAACAGCCCUUGAAUCUUUGUCAGAACCAUCACAGGUUCCUAAUAACAAAGUGGAGUCAGCCCCGAAUACUUUCGCACCAAAGAAUCAGAACGACAUUACACGGAUGGCAGUAACACCACAGGACCAAACCUCAUCUCACUUAUCACAAAAUGACGACAGUUACUUUAUACCGAAUCAGUCCAGCAGCAGUGCCCCGAGAAUGAUUCAACAGGGGCAGCACGGACGAGCUACAAGCAUGAAUGCCUUUCGUCGUCUGAAAAACAUGAGCAAUGCCGGCGAAGCGCCAGAUAAAUUGCCUGCGUUACCUCCACCGGGUGAUCUUGGACCUUAUGGAUAUCCCACAACAAAAAAUGAACAGGUAAAACCUAAGCAAGGAUAUCCAGGAACAAAAGAGUACAAGGCAACUCGUUGCUUCUGUUGCUGGACAAGUUUCCUCAUUGCCCUACUGAUUUGUUGCGCCUUAGUGACGGCCGGAGUAGCAGUGCUAAAGGGUGAGAAAAAAUGUACAGCAGUAAGCGCAACACUGAUCGUCAGUGAUAUAAUAGCAAUCGUAAUUGCCGUUAUCGAGUGGAUUCGACUGUGGAUUUGGAGAGAGCCAUUAGCUAUUCGGCAACAGCCAUCAUUGAGAUAUGCAGCUAAAGCAAAUCCAGCAUCCAGCACGGGACCUGCACAGGGUGGCGCGAACUUACCAGCUAUGGCCAGUGAACCCGGACCAUUACCAAACACAACUGCUUACACUUCCAUUACAGCAAAUGACGGACCAGCAGGAGGAUUCCUAAGCCAUGGGUUCCAGCAACGGUUAUACGAUGUGCCACAAUUCAUCUCAGCCAUUUUCCUCAUACUGCUAUACUCUGCGGCUGCAUUCUGCGUUUUCUGCACCAUUGCUGCCUCAGCGUCUAAACUGAACGACUGUGGAGCAGUAGCCACAUCAGGACUUGGAUUUAGUGCAGUCAUGGCCAUUUUCAUUUUGUUGAGAAUGAUGUUAUGUUGCUUAAGCGAUGCUUGUCAAGGAAUAUUUUUCAAGACUGCUCAAGCCACUUCAGGAGGCUUGGGACCUAUCCCUAUGGUUGCGGUCAAUCAACUGCACCAAAAUCUUCCCGGAAUAGGGAGGCAAAUAUCCCAAGGAGGAGACGGCGGAGUACAACAACCAACAGCAUGGCUUAUGAAUUUGUCUAAUGCGUCCGAUCCGCGCCAGCACCUGAGCAUUUGCCAGCCAAUGCCAGCCAAGUUUUCGCAAGACUUUACACCAUAG